AUGAACAGAUAUGACGAGACUGUGGAUAGACCGGUUCUGGUAGUCUUGCUUGCAUACGUUUUCUUCGUAUGGUAUCUAGUGGUCAUAGCCGUGGCCUACAACGGUUUUUUCCAUAUUACUUUCAAAUUCACGCGAAGUUCCCGGUCGAAGAUAGAUUCCCAGAUUAAAGUCUCGGAACUGGAAGGCGUCACCAUUCUGAGGCCAUUGAAGGGCGUUGAUCCAGAAUUGGAAAUCUGCCUCCGGUCCUCGUUCGAACAAAAGUACCCCAAAACAAAGCUGGAAAUAAUCUUCUGUGUCCAGGACAAGGACGAUCCGUCAAUUCCGGUGGUCGAGGAAUUAAUUUCACAGUAUCCGGAUGUGGAUGCCAAGCUCAUGAUCGAUCAAGACCAAGGUGCCAAGGACACCUAUGGGCCGAAUCCUAAGGUUAACAACCUUGCCAAGGGACUUAAAGCUGCAAAGUAUGACAUUCUUUGGAUUCAGGACUCCAACGUGUGGUCUCAUCCUUAUACAUUGCAAAGAUCUGUGGUGUCUCUGACACGGUCACUGAACAACGGUAGUCCGACCUCGCGGAAAAUCAACCUGGUUCACCACGCGCCGCUCGCCGUGUCACUGGGAGGUUUUCCGACAGCUACGCUAGGAGCCAAUUUGGAUGAGCUCUUUUUGGCCACAUCGCAUUCGAAGUUCUAUGUUUCCUUUAAUGAGCUUGCUGUUGCCCCCUGCGUGAAUGGAAAGUCGAACGUGUACAGACGUUCGGAUCUCGAUGAGGCUGUUUCUCGCAUGGGAGAACUUGCAACGGUGCCUAGCUCCAAUGGACAAAGUGGUGAUAUUCACAAGGAUGCAAAGUACUACAGCUUGCAGCCCGGCCAGGGAAUACGCUUUUUUGCUAGAUACAUCGGAGAGGAUAACAUGAUUGGCAUUGCUUUGUGGAAUUAUGGGCAGGGUCGCACAGGAAUGACAGGUGAUUGCGUGGUUCAGCCUCUUGGGGGCUCAAACUCUUUGAGGGAUUACUGCUAUCGAAGAAUCAGAUGGCUUAGGGUCCGCAAAUACAUGGUCCUUACCGCUACACUAUUGGAGCCUACGACCGAGUGUUUUCUCUGCGGCCUGUAUGGCAGCUUUGCUGUUGGUGUUAUUUUUCAGAACGUUCUGUUUUCGAAAUCAUACUUUGUCUUCCACGUCGUUGCAUGGUUUCUAACAGAUUAUAUUCAACUGCAGCAUCUUUUUGAUUGCGUACGCGGUGGAGGUCUGCAGGAGCCGUUUUUCAUCAAGCUCGACAGUCGGAAAACCCGUGAUAAAAGCAUCAGAUGGUUUUUUGUCCACUGGUUUUUGCGUGAGUUGUUGGCGUUCCCAAUCUGGGUUGUCGCUGUUUUGGGAUCACGGAUAGACUGGAGAGGCCAAACGUUCCGAAUCAAGUCGGACCUGAGCGCAGAAAAAGUAUAG